CAGGUCAAACAGGUGGAUCGAUCAACAUAAAAGAGGCUCAAAAGUCAUUAGAAGAAAUUAAAUCCGAUAAAACUUUAGGAUAUAAAGAGAAACCUGACUAUUUCACUGUCAGGGCUACUGUUGCUUACAUACAUAAUAAAGGCAAAGAACUUAUUUAUCCUUCGUGCAGUAUUUGCAAAAAGAAAGUAUUUGGAAGUGACAAUAAUUGGAGUUGUGAUAGAUGUUCGAAAUCAUUUGAAACUCCAACCUACAGAUAUAUUUUACCAAUUCGUAUAACUGAUCAUUCAGAUAGUGUAUGGAUGAAUUGUUUUGAUGAAACAGCUGCAUUAAUUCUGGGCAUGCCUGCUGAUGAUUUCCGUAAACUUAGAGAUGUUGAUCCUUAUGCUUAUGAAAAUCAUAUAAAAAAUCGAUUGUGGGAGCCUUACAUAUUUAAAGAGAAGACUAUUAUAAACAAUAACUUGGUGGCUAUUUCAGAAAUUGAUUAUGUAGCUGAGACUAGCCAUUUAUGUGAAAAAAUAAAUGAAUUAGAAAAAUUGUAG